CUUAGAUCUCGUAAUUAGUUACUUUUAAUCAUCUUAAAAAAAACUACAGUUAUAAUCCGAAUACGAGACUUAUCAUGGUGCAUGCAACAAGCUGUGUUCGGAUUUUGCUCUAUAAAAACCCAAAUUAUUCAGGUCGGAGGAGGAGAAGAAGCUAUAGACAUGGCCGCCGCCGCCGCGACCUCAAUCACCGACCUGCCAGAGCCGCUCGUCCUCCGAAUCCUAUCGGACCUCCCUUUCCCGACCGUCGCCAAGAUCUGCACGACGAGCAGGAGGCUCUACUCCGCCUGGAACCAAAUCCCCCACCUCCACUCAGUGGCGGAUACAUGGGCCUCUAGGGUGUCCCAAGACACCCCUAAAAUUUAGGGAAACGAUUAUCCACCCCUGAUAGUAGUUUUGUAUGGAUAAAAAAAAUUAUAAUUGGUAAUUCAGGACACCCUUAAAUUUUGAAAAAAAAUUAUCCUAUUCUCGGUAGUAGUUUGCGUAUGAUUAAAAAUAUAUAAGUAGUAAUCUCUGUGUUAUUCAAACCUAGGACACUACUAUUAUUAAACAUAUUCUCUAGGU